AUGCCCGAGCCGUCUGGCCCGACACUGAGCGCGGGGCGUUGCAGGCUGGCGGGCGCGCGCGGCGUGUGCGAGGCGCUGGAGGAGUACGGCGAGCGGCUGCGGCGCUGCGUGGGCCGCGCGCGCUGCGACCGCGCCGCGCUGCAGGCCGCCUACUCGCAGUGCGGCGCGCGCGUGCGCCAGCUGGCCGCCGCCCGCGACGCCGCGCGCCGCGCCGGGCAGCGGUCGGCGAGCCGCGAGAGCGCGGCGGCGCAGUCACUGGCGGACGCGCGCGAGCAGUUGGGGGGGGCGCGCGCUCGCGCACACGAGCUCGCCGCCGCCAGGGACGCGCUGGCCUCCCGCCUGCGACAGGCGGACGAGGCGGCGGCCGCUAUGCGGGCCGACGUGUCGCGGCUGGUGCAGCAGUUUGACUCGCAGGCUGCGGAUAUGAAACAGAGCAUCGCGCGGCUGGAAGAUGAGGCGCGCGCGGCGCGGCUCGAGGUGUCGGCGCGCGACGACCAACUACAGCGCGGCGCCGCCCUGCUGGACGAAGCUAAGAAAACUAUUGAACAUCUGAAACAGCAGGAAGCUCGACACGUGGAUUUAAUCGACCACCUAGAGAAAGAUAUCAUUGCCAAGAAUAAACUCCAGCACAGCUCGAAGGAAGAAAUACUUUCUAUGCAACAUUGUAUAAGCAACCUCGAAGCGGAGAAGAUCAAAAUAAACGAAAAGUUGAACGAGACCGAGCAGGAGCGCGGUCGAGCACGCGACGCCCUCGACGAACUGACCUCAGUCGCCGAGCAGCUGCGCCGCGAACUGGACGACGCGCGCGCCCAGCUCGACUCUGAGCGGGCCGCGCUGGGCGCGCUGCGGGAGGCGGCCGCCGCGCGCGAGCGCGAGCUGGACGCCAACACCGGCACCAUCGCGCGCCUCAUGGCAGACUUGCGCGCCGAGGCGGACGCGCGCGCCCGCGCCGACGCCGGCGCCGCCGCUGCGCGUCGCCAGCACGACGCCGAGCGCGACGCGGCGCGCCUCGCUGAGCUGCAGCUACGCGACGCACUGGCGCGCCUCGAGCGCUCCGUCCAGGACAAGGAUCACGAGAUCGCCGCACAGAUGACUAUCAUUCUAGACAUGCGCGGGGAGAAGUCACAAUUUCACGCGGAAGAAAUGUCAUCACCGUUUUUUUGGUCGCCCACUUUACGUGGAAUACCCAUACCUAUGACGGGGAUCGGUUUCGGUCGGCAGGAGCGGCUGCAGGAGCGGAUCCAAGGCAUGCAGAAUACCAUCGACAACAUCCAGAAAGAGCUGACGGGACGCUUGGCAGCUCCCAAAGUGGCGCCAGAGCAGUGCGAGCCUCCCGAACUGGACGACACGCCGGCCACGCGCCGCGCCGACGACACCGUGUUCGGGUUCCUCAGCGACGGCAGCGUGGACGGAGACACGCUCGACGCGCGCGAGGUGGGGCGCCGGUUCGAGGCGCUGCGCGGCGGCGGCCGGCUGCGGGCGGCGCAGGUGCGUCACUGCGGCGACUCAAAUCUAAAGUCAGCCAGUCUAUUCAUUAUCCACUUUGGAUAGGGUGAAAAGUUUCCGGCUAGAUAAUGAAAAUCAACUUAAUUUAAAAAAAAAUUCGCUUUUAUUUUUUGACGUAAUUCCCAUCAAGGCUGAUAUAUUUUUCGUAACGAUGUUCCAAAUACAGUUAUGCCAUUUUUAACGCCCGAUUCGUCAAGUCCCUCAAAAUACUCAUUUACAGCAUGGCUGAAUUAUUUACCACUAGCUGUUGCCCGCGACUUCGUCCGCGUAGAUUAAUGACUUCUGACAGAAUUAAUCAGAAUCAAUUCAGUGCCCAAGUAAGAUUUACCUAUUUUGAAAUGAUUUAUGGUAGUUUCAAUAAAUAAAAUAUAAUCCCCCACGGAUCUUACCAGUGCAGUGCCCGAUCACGUAAGGUUUGAGUAAUAAAAACUAUUCUAUCAACUAUUGUUUUACCGAAUCUCUCUAAAAUAAGUUCAGUGGUUAAGAGUUAGAGAGUCCUGGGGCAUUGACGCAUAGUUCCCGUUCCCGUGGGACAUCUGUGAUAAAAACUAUCAAACGUUACCCAGGUCCCAAAUCAUCGUUUUACCGAAUGUAAUUCAAAACGAUUCAAUGAUUCUAAAUUCAAUGGCUAAGAAGAUUUAUACAAACUCUCAUUCCCUAUUUUAUCCCCUUAGGAGUGGAAUUUAUCAAAAUCCUUUCUAAGGAGAUACCUAUGUCAUAGUAACUUUAUGCAGGCAGUCUCAGCCCGAUCGGUUUUAAACUGGCAAAGUAUCAUACAAACUGUCACCCACUAUUUUACCCACCUUGGGGUGAGAAUGUUCAAAAACCUUUCUAAAGGGACGUUUACGUCAUAAUAUCCAUCUGCACGCCGAAUUUCAACCCGAUCGGUGUAAAACUGACAAAGCUACAUACAAACGUUCAUCCCCUACAUUACCCCAUUGGAGGUGGAAAUGAUCGAAAUCCUUACUUGGGGAUGCCUACGUCAUAACAUCCUGCAUGCCGAAUUUCAUCUCCAUCGGUGUAAAACUGACAAAGAUUCAUAUAAACUUUCAGCCCCUAUUUUACCCCCUUAGGGGUGGAAAUGAUCAAAAUCCUUUCUUAUAGCGGAUGCCUACGUGAUAACAUCUAUCUGCAUGUCAAAUUUCAAUCCAAUCGAUUUAAAACAGACAAAGACUCAUACAAACAUUCAACCCCUAUUUUACCCCCUUGGGGGUGAAAAUUAUCAAAAUCCGUUCACAGCGGAUGCUUACGUCAUAACAUCUAUCUGCAUGCCAAAUUUCAACCCGAUCGGUUUAAAACUGACAAAGUCUCAUACAAACUUUCAUCCCCUAUUUUACCCCCUUGGGGGUGGAAAUUAUCAAAAUCCUUUCUUAGCGGAUGCCUACGUCAUAACAUCUAUCUGUAUGCAAAAUUUUAGCCCAAUCUGUCCAGCGGUUUGGGCUGUACGUUGAUAGAUCACUAUGUCAGUCAGUCAGUGAGUCAAUCACCUUUGAAUUAUACAUGUAUA